UCUCUUUUACUGUCAAGUUGAGGUUAUGUCAUAACAGCUGUUUACAUAUUUUCUGGUGAUUGUGGUGUAAAUGAAAAACUUGCCAAGCUAAACGAAAAAAAAAGUAAUGUCUUUGGGUAAUUUCGGUAGAAUCGCUGUCGGUUGGACUGUUAUAACUGUAGUUGGUGUUUAUUCGUUUGUGAUAUCGAAAAAUUCUGUGGACAAGAGGCGUUACGAGGAUAUGCAAAUACGUGAUCGCAUGAAGAAGUCAAAUAUUGGUGAAUACGAAUCAGUGGGCACUAGACGUUUCAACGCAUAA